AUGAAUUUCGCCAUCCUGUUGACCACUAUGUUCGGCCUUGCAGCUGCUACUAGCAUCCCAAAGACUAGAGCUGUGCAAAAGGGAGAUGGCAACCCCUUAGCCAACUUUCCUAUCCUCAGCUUCCCCGAAGCAACUCGUGGCUUCUGGAACGUUGACAACGACGGCGUAUACCGGGCCUACCUAGCCAACGGCACGAUUGUUGAUGCAGCACGCCUCAGCAAAGAGCAGAUCCAGACAUACAUCUCCGCCAUCGAGGGACAUGUGUCCCAGGCCGAGUUCGAUGCGAAGAAAGCCAUCUUCGCUAAUGUCGACAGCGCCACGGUUCCGGAGGAGCAGCUACUAAGCCCGCCAGAAGACGUGCUGCCCACGGAGAAAAUAUCGGGCAUGCAGCGGGGAUCCAGGCGGUCUGAUCUCCCGCCGGACAUGAGCCCGCGUGAAGAAAGUCCCUUGGACCAACGACAAGUCAUACCGUGCUUUGCGACUGGGCAUGAUAAUUUCGGAAUUCGGAAGUAUAUUUACCUGCUUCGCAGCACUUUCCAUCUCUGUUGCUUCUCGCUCCACCACAACGAACUCUUUCUGGGCAGCCAGGUUGUCAUCACGGUUUGCAUACCUUGGAUUAAGUGUCUGAUCCCUAAGAAGCCCACAUUCUCCCACCAGUCUGUUUCAGGGCGACUCAAGAUGGCGAGUGAACAAAGCAAGCAGAAUCAGGGCAGUCAGACCUGCACUGCUGAGAUCAGGAACAAGAUCUAUCGACUUGUCCUCAUCCGCGAUUCUGGCCCCGACGUCCCCAGCCACAAACGCUUGAUCCGCAGCCUCGCCCCGCCGGCCCUGACACUGACAAGCAAACAAAUCUUCACCGAGGCCCUUCCCAUUUAUUACGCCGAGAAUCUAUUCUAUAUUCUGUUGUGUGGCGAGAAAGUACACCGCAGCGAUCGAGACACCUCUCAUUUCAACCGCUUUAUCGGAAUGAUGGAGUACUUUGGACGGCGUGGAACUUCCUCCGCCGAUCGGGAACCCCUGCAGAGCAUCCAGAAUUUGAUCAUUCAAAUCCACACAGUCGAACACCAUAUUGCUAUCUCUGCAGUUGAACACUUUCCUUUUGUUCAACCAGCUGAAUACUGUUCUAUUUUUGCCCUUAGCGGACUCAGUCGAAUAACGAUGAAAUUCGAGUCCGGCGACAGAGAGAACAAGCCAUUCGACUGCACCAGAUACCAGUGGACUAUCAAGGCAGCCACAGAUUCAGACGAACAAGUCUUAUCCGCGGUGGAGAUGUUGGUUGAGGACACAAUCGGCGCUGAUCACACCCCAGAAGACUGGUAUCAGAAGCCUAUUAUGCAAGUCAUCAGAUCCAUGUAUGAUGACGGACGCGACAGAUUUUAG